AUGGGCAGAAGGUUUACAACUUUGAAUCUCUCACGUGAUCUCCUAAGCGGAGUCACGUGGUAUGGUAGAAUUAAGAAGUUAAACGAGACUUACCUUGUUAUGGAAGAUCCUGUAUUGACUAGCAAUAAAUAUGAACGUGGUACCAUAGAUACUAGAGAUACAUCUACUUCUAGAUUACAUCAAAUAAUAGAUCAAGGUCCUACUAAUAAUGAUGAGAAACAGUUAUUUUUAACCUACAGUAGUUUAUUAGAAGGUGGUGAAAAAUUACAUCAUUGUCAUCAAGCAUCUAAAACCACAAUGUUAAGUACAGCUACUAAAUAUUAUGAUAAGAUACACUUAUUAGAGAGUAAUUUAAAGACAUGUGAAGAGACUAUUUAUAAAGGAUCCAGUACAACUAGUGGUCAUCCUGUACUUAGUCCACCACAUGUUCAAGAAUCUAUCAAACAACUAGAAGAUCUUUUACAAAAACUCGAAGCUUCUAUUGUAGAAAAGCUAAGAGAAAUUAAUAAUAAGAAAGCUGCAUUACAGAAAGAUAAUUUAUUAAUGAGAGAAAAAACAUUAUUUGUGGAUUUUUUAAUAAAUCCUGGUAGAAUACAACAAGCUCUUGAAAAACUGUCGAAUCGACUUCAUGCUAUGAGUGUACAGUAGUACUGUAAACAAUCUGAUUAAAAUUUAGAUCUAGAUGUCUUGUUUCGUGUGUUUUCAUGUUACCUUUUAUUUUCAUGUUACAUUUUAUUAUAAUGAGGUCGUAUAUUGUUGUUGCCUCUGUCCGUACACCCGUACAAUCGGUUUGUGAACGCAAUAGAGACUACAGUUUUUAUACGCCCACAUUUUCUUGUGUCGCCCCUGUCUGCCCGUCAGUCCGUCCGCCCGUUCACAAUUGGCGUAUGAACACAAUAGAGACUACAGUUUUUAUCUGAAUUUUAUUAAAUUUUUUGGUGUGAUCAUUUAUAUUGAUGAGAUCUUGGACUAGUUCGAAUUUGACGAUCUUUUGAGUAAUUUCCCCUGACUUACGAAAACGCGUCAAAAUUUGUUUGUGAACACAAUAGAGACUACAGUUUUCAUCCGGUGUAAAUGAAAUUUGGUGUGAUCAUUUAUAAUGAUGAAAUCUUAGACAAUGUCCAUAUUCCAAUCUAGACUGCAGGCCCGGUACUCGCUAACUCGCCUAAUAAGUCAGUAGAUGAUCCAAUGUGUCUU